UCUCCUGAUAUUUCAUCACCAUACAUUUUUUUGCGCAGAUUAAAAUUUUCGAUCGAUUCCACCAUCCGUGGUCAUUAAUUUAAAGUAAUUGAAGUAAAAUCCAACAAUUGAAUUCCAAAACCUUAGCUCAUUUACAAAAAAAAUUCAAUUCUACGGCGAAUUUAAUAAGCAGACAGUUUUCUUGACAAACACACUGAGUUAUUGUACAAUUGAAUUCAAAAUGGCCCAAAGCACCGAUCAAAAUGUUCCGGUCGAGCAACAAGUGACCAAACUGUACGAGCUUCAGUUGCGCGACAAGGCCAGUUCUGUUCUUUACCUGAAUACGAAAACGUUUGACGUUAAGUUUUUGUUUUUCGAACAAAAUACCGCCGAUGUUGCCGAGAAAAAACUCAUUGAAGAGGUACCGGCUCACAAGGCAAUUUUGGCUGCGGUAAGUCCAGUAUUUGAUGCUGAAUUCUUCGGUUCAGUCAAGGAAAAAGGUGACGUUGAAAUCGUCGAUUCAUCGCCGGAGGCGUUUAAAGAAUUUUUAAAGUGUUUUUACUUCGGCACUGUCACAUUCACAAUGAAAAACAUCCCGGAAAUCAUGAAUUUGGCCAACAAAUACGAUGUCGCCGACUGCAUGGGUGCAUGUGCCAAAUUUCUUAUGGACAAUUUAACAUCGAAUGAUAUUUGCUGGGUCUAUGAAUUGGCCAUGUUGCACGUGCAUCAAGAAUUGAAAAAAUUCUGCGAUGAAUUCAUCAUUUCGAACGCAAGCACAGUGCUAAAAUCGGAGGAAUUUCUCGCGUCUAGUCAAAAAUUGUUACGUGAAAUUCUGAUUUUGGACCUUUGUUGUAAAGAAACAGUCGUCUUCGAUCAAUGUAUGGCUUGGGCAAAAAACGCAUGCCAACAAAGCGGCAUAAAUGCAAAUGUUGCAUCGAAUUUACGAGAUCAACUGGGCGAUUGCUUGUACUUGAUUCGAUUCGGAUUAAUGACAAUUCAAGAAUUUUCGGAAGCCACACUCAACUGCGAAGGAAUUUUUACACUUGAUGAAAUGGGCGAUAUAAUGCGUUCGAUAUCGUUGAAAGGAUUUGUUUCGAAGAAGUUCCAUCAAAAUCCGCGAUGUUACUGGGAUCAAAGCAAAGUUUGGAUAUGUAAGCCUAACCAUUGGAGCCACGAAAAACAAAUUCAAGAACGUGAAAUUGUCUUCAUUACAUCAAAUAGAACUACGUUGCUCGGGAGAGUAUUUUUUGCAGCCGUAUUUAGCAAUAGCCACCAUGGUAUAUUGAAUGCCAAAGUCACCAUUGUGGAGAUACAAGGCCAAUCAUUUGCUGCCGAAAACGGGACCAUUCUAUUCCAAGACACACAGUCCCUUUCCCAAAAUACAACAAAUUACAUCAAGCUACCGAUCCCAAUCGUUAUCAAUAGGAACAAUACAUAUCAAUUGUGUUGUGAAUUUGGAAAUAAAAACCAUUCGAAAUAUUUUUACGGAUGCAAACUUGGUGAAGUCACAUUAAAGAAUGGCCUUAUCAUUACAUUUGAAAAGGGCAGUGGUCACGAGCAUAUGAUUAAACGCUUGGAAGUAAUCGACAACUAAUCGAACAGUUCGAGAUUCCGUUGGAGAUUUGAUUAGGUUUACGACAAAAAAACUAACAUUUUCUGCCAUUUAAAACUUCACAUAAACAAUCAUCAAAACAAAUUUAUUUAAAAUAAUGAAAUUCGCU